AUGUUCAACUAUCUGAAGAUGCCAGAAUCAAAACCGCCGUUCGAUCUUGUUCAAUCCCUGCACCUCUGCGAGUCCUCAGAGACCUCAGAGAAUACGAUCUCCCUUGCAUUCCAAGUCUUGUUCGAGCUGAAUGGGUUCACGCGGUUGGAAGUACUCCACAUCCAGAAUGCGUCGACUGCCGCGUCAUUCCCAGCAGUUUCCUUAUCUACUGUCGCAUCUUUGGCGAGUGUCCACACCCUCGUGCUGACGGACUGCCAAUUCAACACCUUCAUGUCUUUCGCACUUUUAGUGGGUGCGCUACCGCAGCUACGCCAUCUCUCCGCCAGCAAUGUGUAG